AUGAAGGGCGACACGGUCGAGUACAAAAGUGUGGAAUGCAGAGUCGAUAGUAGCACAAAUGUUUUGGAGACGAAAUCUCAAAAUGGAAUUAAAUGUGCCUGGAGCGGAAAAGUAAUUAACUCUUAUCAAAUCAAUUUCACGUGGAAAUUCGACUGGAAUGUACUCAAAAGUCAGGGAGUCGAUGAAAUCACUGGACACAUCUUUGUCUAUUCAAGAAACAAUUGGUUCUCUACAACGAAAAUUGAUGUGAAACUGACUGAAAAUAAUCAAGAAAUCAUAAAGCAAGUUCAAGGUCAAAAUACUUACGAUACUGUCAGCUACGAGUAUUUUCUCAUUCCCCAUUACGCACCAGUUCUCGAAAAGCGAGAUUACGACAAGAUGUUUGCACAAUCCGAUCAAAACGAUACUAUUCUGGUUGUCGACGGAAAGAAGCUUCAUGUCAACAAAACGUUCCUCUCCUACCAUUCCGAGUUCUUCCGCGCACUUUUCUCAUCGAAUUUCAAAGAAGGACAAAUGGAUGAAAUUCCGAUUGGAGACGUCUCCUACGACGAUUUUGCUCUUCUUCUCAGCACUUUCUACCCAAAUCCAGUGUUUCCAAAUGAUAGUACUGUCGAGAAACUUCUGGAAAUGGCCAGUCGUUUCAUGGUAUCUUCAGUUAUCAACAUUAUCGAAUAUCAUUUGAUGAACAACUCGAAAAUCAAUAGUGAGAAAAUGUUGUGGAUGGCUGACGAGUAUGUGAUGCCAAAACUUCUCGAAAAGUGUAUUCGUGGGCUAAAUACCGCGGAAAAAGCGAAGAAAUUGGAUCAAUCUCCUGAAUACAAGAAGUUGUCGGACAGCGCCAAAGCGAAAGCUCUCGAUCGUCUUAUCAAAUUGUUCUAA